ACCCUUUGCACCAAUCACUUACGACAAGAGAAAGUAGAGAGGGUGGUUUAAAAUAGAAACCCCCAGACCAAGCUUAACGAAGGAGAUUUCUAAUAACCGGCGUCACCGUUUGGAACUUUUGAUAUACGGGGGUGGCUGUUUCAUUUAUUUAUUUAUUUUUGUUUGUUUUUUGUAAUCGAAGGACGCACACAUGUUUAUGGACUUACAUGUAAAUUUAUUUGAUGAUGCCUCACUCCCGUCCUUUCUCUUUAGCAUAUACGACCAGUUUGAGUAAAAAAUAAGUGCUAUUUUUUUUUCUAAAGCAUGUUUUAAAUUAUGAAUACAAAAAAUGAGGCACAUAACGCAGUCCAAAAUGUGACUUUCAUACCCCAGUACCUGAGAGGGCGUUUAUCUUUUGUUGUUGCUGUUUUUGUUCGUUUUUUGCCAGUAAAUUCAUAUGAUCACAUACAAUGAUACAUUUGUAUGUGCUUAACCGAAGACGCAUACAUAGUUUGAAUAACCAGUUAAGCAAAUGUAUUCAAGUUUGUACAUUUCACGCAUCUCUCAAUAUGGAUUAAAUGCUGUUGUGUUUUGCUGUUUCGUUCUUAAUUGCGGUUUGCCCAGGCUGGAGAUCUGACGGGUCGCUAAACUGGUUGCCUUGAAAGACAACACAAGAGUGCAUUUCGUUUUCUUAACCCACCUGAUAAGUCAGAUAAUCCACUUGUCAUCUUUCAUGUUCAAAUGUGAGCGCUGGACGGAAAUCAAGACAGGACAAAACCAGGCAAGGGGAGCGGUUUUCCAAAAAAAAAAAAAAAAGAGUAAAUCUCUGAUCAUCACAGAUCCGCACGGCGAUCAUCCAGUGAGCUGCAGUUUUCAGAUCUGCUAGUGUUCUGCGUUAACUCUAAUUUUACAGGCUGCAAGAUAAAACAAGAAACCAAAAAAAAAGCCAGUACUUUAUUCAUUAUCUUGUGUGGGGUUUAUGGCAGUGCUUGCUGGGUUUCACAACAGCUUCAGCUAUUUUCUCUCCAAAGAGGAGCACUUCGUCAAGGCUGCAGUAAUCGUGUUGGGUGAAAAUAUACACAAUACAUUGGAGCUAACUGCACGCAACUUCGCAACAAAACGUCAAGGGAUGAUCUGCCUUUCAGCUGGUUUUGUCAGUGGGAUCUUUAAUGUUUCUUUAAAAACCAAUAGCAUGUUUCUGGCAUGUCUCUGCGAACCAAAUCUAAAUAAAUACGUUACGCUUUUUCAUAUGUCUUAAACCUCGAUUCUUUUAUUUAUGAAUUGUCAUUUAUGUAAUUAAUCAUUUAUUGUUUUUAUCCUCCACCUUUAAAAUGCAUCACUGACAAAAAAAAACCAAUAACAACAAAAAAAAAACAGGCAAUCUUUGUGUCGGUUGUUGAUGGCACGACGCACUGGCUCGACUUGGUUUGGGCAGGUCUUGCGCAGAGUCUCUCGGCUGCAGGGUACCUGGUCGCGGCGAUCGAGCAGCCUCUUGUGUCUUUCCUCUUCUCAGGACCACGAACAGGGAGCCGAUUGUAGGGACCAGCAGUGUCUCCACCACACCAGCGGCCGUUGCCCCCUCCGUCAUCCACGCCACUGCGAUUUCUACACCCCUGGGUCCAAUCGCUUCCAGAGUCUCCCCAGCUGCUGCUGCGCGUUCUUGGAGAAUCCGAGGGGACAUGAUCCCCUCACUCACCGAUUCCUGUUGGCCAUGAAGCGGCAGAACGUGCGGACCCUGUCCCUAAUUAUCUGCACGUUCACCUAUCUCCUGGUCGGGGCAGCGGUGUUCGAUGCCCUGGAGUCUGAUUAUGAAGUGAGAGAGAACGAAAAGCUGGAGACCGAGGAAAGACGUCUCCAAGGGAAAUACAACAUCAGUAAAGAGGACUAUGAGCAGCUGGAGACGAUCAUAAUGGAGGCCGAGCCUCACAGGGCUGGGGUUCAGUGGAAAUUUGCUGGCUCCUUCUACUUUGCAAUCACGGUCAUCACCACUAUAGGUUAUGGGCACGCUGCUCCUGGCACAGAUGCUGGGAAGGCGUUCUGCAUGUUCUACGCAGUACUGGGAAUCCCCCUAACUCUGGUCAUGUUUCAGAGCCUUGGAGAACGCAUGAACACCUUCGUGAAGUGCCUCCUGAAGCGGAUCAAGAAGUGCUGCGGCAUGCGGAGUACCGACGUGUCCAUGGAGAACAUGGUGACGGUGGGCUUCUUCUCCUGCAUUGGCACCCUCUGCAUCGGGGCUGCAGCUUUCUCCCACUACGAGGACUGGAGUUUCUUCCAGUCCUACUACUACUGUUUCAUUACAUUGACUACCAUAGGCUUUGGGGAUUUUGUAGCCCUGCAGAACAAGCAAGCCCUCCAGAAGAAGCCCCUGUACGUGGCCUUCAGCUUCAUGUACAUCCUGGUGGGGCUGACAGUCAUUGGGGCCUUCCUCAACCUCGUGGUCCUGCGUUUCCUGACCAUGAACAGUGAAGACGAGAGGCGGGACGCCGAGGAGAGGGCAUCCUUGGCCGGCAACCGCAACAGCAUGAUCAUCCACAUCCAGGAAGACUUGCAGCAUGGGCGGCAGCGGUACAAAGCGGAGGUGACUGAUCUCCAGUCCGUCUGCUCUUGCAUGUGCUACCGGUCCCACGAGUUUACCAGCCGGGGGGUGCUUUCCCACCAGAACUCCUUCAGCUCACAGCUGAACCCCCAGUACUUUCACUCUGUCUCCUACAAGAUCGAGGAAAUCUCACCGGCCACCUUGAAAAAUAGCCUUUUCCCCUCUCCCAUUAGUUCAGUUUCCCCAGGUCUCCACAGCUUUGCGGACAAUCACCGGCUUAUGAAAAGGAGGAAAUCAAUUUGAGUCUACAACUUAUUAUUGUUCGUUUGUUUGUUUGUUUAUUCCCAAACCCCCAUUUCUCCUUGAACUUUUCAAUUCGAAUUUGGUUUCUGUUUCCCCAAAUGAUGUAAGGGAUGUUAAAAAAUACACGAAACAUAAAAAAAUAACAAAGUGAAACACAAGCAUGAAGCAUGGAUAAUUACUUCUCCAGAUGAACAGUAAAAUUUGAAAAAAAAAAAAAAAUGAAAAAACGCCUUACAUUAACCGUUUCUGGUGGGCUAGAAUCAUAAAUUUUACCUAUGGUACCAAACCAAAAGUUGCACAUUAGCCU